UAAGAAAUUAAUUAAGCCAUAAAGAAACCCUUUUGAAUGAGUCAGAAAAAUCACUUGAAAAAUCACAUCACUAACUUACCUGGUUUGAGUUUUGCAGUUGUUGAUCAACUGCCAUGUGGCCCCUUAAGAUGAAGCCAAUAUUAAAAAUUACAAAAAUGUAGGACCAAAACUUCACGAAAGACCAUUUCAAUUCCCCAGCCAUAGCACUUCUCUUCUUCCCCCUUUAUAAAUAUGUACUUACAGCAACUCAAGAUGAAGUCGAGCAAUCCUAACUUUCCAGUGUCUUCUGCACUAAAAAGGGGAAGAGGAAGACAAUUAACCAAAACAAAAAUCAUAGCAAAUGGCAAGAAAGAGAAAGACUGUUGAAGGAGUUGAGGAAGACAAGAGCUCCGGUGAAGGAGGAGCUAUGGGAUGGGAUGAAAUGGUGAAGGAGGACGCGGUGGCUGCAGAGCUAGGAGGAAUUCGAAGAGCUCGAAAGCGAUUCGUUGGCGUCCGACAACGACCGUCGGGGCGAUGGGUGGCAGAGAUCAAAGACACCAUACAAAAGAUUAGAGUAUGGUUGGGCACAUUUGACACAGCGGAGGAAGCAGCUAGAGCUUAUGAUGAGGCAGCUUGCUUGCUCCGUGGCUCCAACACAAGAACCAACUUCUGGCCUUGCUCCCCUUUAUCAGCUUCAUCACCAGCCCUUCCUUCAAAGAUUACCAAUCUUCUUAUCCAAAGGCUGAAUGCAAGAAACAAGUCCAUCAAUAACAACAAUCUUCCAAAUAAUCAUCAAGAACAGAAACACCAGCCAACGCAAGAGAGGAUUUUACACACAAAUGAAUAUCGAUGCAGAGAAGAAUUGGCAACAACAUGUUUAACAGACAAAGUUCUAAGUGAUUUGCUGAACGACCAUGAAGUUUUCACCACCAACAACCCCAAUAUUGAAGAAAUCAGUAGGAGUUUUGAGUCGUGUUUGACUGAGAAAGAUGAAUCAGACGGUGGAGAUAUGGAGAGCGGCAACUGGUUGGGAAUGACCCAGAUGAGUAACUCAGAAGGAGAUGAAAAAAGUGGAAUCCAACAAGAAGAAGCAGAAGAAGAAUCAUGUGUUUUGGAUUUUCAUUUCCUCGAUGACAUUGGGCCACCAUGUUACUACUCUCCAUUUGAGAUUGCAGAGGAGAUAGGGGAGCCAAUGGAAGCAGACGGGAUCAAUGAAGAUGAUCAGCCACCUUCAAUGAUGAGAGAAGCCAUGAAAAGGAUGAAAUAUGAGAGAAAGAUUUCAGCUUCUCUCUAUGCCUUUAAUGGGAUUAAUGAAUGCCUAAAAUUGAAGCUUGGGAAAGAUGGUGGGAAUGGGAGAGGGAGAUCUUCUGAGAUGAUAGCAAGCUUGAGAAAAGCAUGUGACAGAAAGAGAUCAGAUGAGGAGAAGGUUGAAGAAGAAGAAGAAGAGGAGGAGGACUGUUCACCUGAAAUGGAGUCUUUUUCAAGCAGUGAAGUUGACUUGUCGAUUUGGAGUUCACUGGAUCUUCCACCCAUUUGCUUCGUUAGCUGAGUUC